AUGUGGCAAUUGAAAAAGGAACCGAUAUACGCGAUUUGUUCUAAUGAUUACGUCACCCGAAUCCGUGUGAGCAAAUUAGAGAACUACACUUGUGUUCAAGAUGAGAUCAGAAAUAGAGGAUGCUAUAUGAAAGCUGAAGUCAUUGAGGAUUUCAUGGCUCCAUUGAAAGAAACGAAUCGUCGGUCGAUGAAGAAUCGUUUGAAAGGCGAUCUCAAUUCGGCAAUGUGCGGAGUGAGCCUUCCACAACCCGGAGAUUAUAUUAUGAAUGCUUGGCCUGACGAUGAUGCUUUCCGAGAGAAUGCUUGCAAUUUAAUGAGAGAAAGUUAUAGUGAAAAAAGAGCCGCUGAGAUUCGUGAGAUUGUGAAGAAAUGCCCGAAAGAGAGGAGAGAUUGGAAUUAUUGGGUGAAUAAGGGAAAUGAGAUGUUGAGUGGACCAAGGAAU